CGACCAAUAACAAAAAGUGCUCCAGCACAGACAGCAGCUGGCUGUCAGUGAGAGCGGAGGAACCGAGUGCGGAGAGAGGCACAAGCCAGAGAGGGGCGGGAUGGGGGGAGAGAUGACGUGAAGUUUCGGACAGCAGGGAGAAAACAAACACACCAGAGGAGGAGGACGACCGUUCCUUGGCACCGCUGGGGGUAACAAAGCGUGGACGGUUCAGGCCAGGAUGUCCUCCGAGGGCUUUCUGAAGGAAAUAAAAGCCAUUGGUGAGAAGUUUCUGCUGAAGCUUCAGAAGCUGCCUAAGGCUGAGCCGGUAGAGAUUGCAACAUUUGUGGUCAUUCUCUUGUUCAUUGUUACCGUGUUGUCACUGAUGAUCAUAGCCUGCAGCUGUUGCUGCAGUCACUGUUGUGGCUGCAACAGAGGUUCUGAACGGAGAGGCAGGAAGAUCCAAGUCCAGCCAUUUGCCCAUGCAUAAAAUGCAUCCAGAAAAGCGGAAAUCUACUGCAGAAGGGCAUGGCAAGACACCGUGGCUGAAUCACAUGCAAAGGACUCCCCACUCCCUCAACUAGGUGGGGGGAGGGACUGUUAAUGAAGAUACAGAGCAAAGGAGGAAAAUGGACCACGGAUCAGAUUAGGCUUUUCUACAGUGACCUCUGCCUGGCUCGGAUGUGGCCACAUAGGGAGCAGUGUUCCAGCAUGCUCGCCUCCACAGACAGAAACAUACUACCAAGACGACAGACGGACAGGGUGGGAAAGCAUCAGUCUGUCUGAAGAGGACAGCACGGCUGGGCAGGCAGCAAAGUAUCUUUGUAAGCAAACAGCAGCUAACAAAGACCAUGUGCAGCCUGGCAUGGGCUUAUGAAGGUGUUUUGCCCUCUUCACCAGUGACCUAAGCCAGAAAGAUGAUGCCAGACACCAGCAAUUCCUGCCGACAUAAAAUUGGGAAGUGCAUGUACUCAGCACCCCUCAGAGUCCUACUCACAUAUAAAGCCUGGUGGGGUUUAACAGAGACAUGCACUCAAAACAUAGCAUAAUGUGGCUGGCAUGCGAGCUCAGAGACUGCCAAUAUGGCUAGCAAAUGCUCCCUGCUUUUCUCAGUGUUACAAAGACAUGAAAACUGCCAAAAAGGAGAACAGUUAGACUAUAUGCAAUAUCUAGCAUAUACAGAAAGACAAAGGCAAGAGGGUAAAGCCCACCAACACAAUGUUAUUUCAUUUAGUUGCUCUGCCGCCAAGGAAGUUUUUGCUACAUAUUUAGCUCCUUGUCUUCCAUUCAAAAAUUAUUGUGCUUUUUCUGCAUAUUGCAGGGUGAAUAUUUAGUACAGUGCAUGGGGAAUGACAACAUUCCCCAUUACUAUAUAUGGGAGCUGUGUUUCUAGCUCCCUGCACUGGGUGCCAUUUAUAUUAGAGGUAGCAAAUAUUAUACUUAAGAUAGAUAUACGUGCACACAGUCUCAUUUGAGAGAUAAAAGACAGCAAGGGCAGUGUUAAUUCAAUACAUACAUGCAGCAGCUAAGAGAAGGAACCCAGACAAGUGGCAGUGCCAGGAAUGGGCUGUAUAGCUAAAAUUGACCGUGCAAAUAAAUCCCUUUUCAACACUUCAGCCACUGUGUACAUUUGGUUUAUAUACCAGAGCAAAUGUCAAGGUAGGAAUAGUAAGGGGACAGGGCGGUGGCAUUGGGCAGGACACUGGUAACUGGGGAUAGAAAGCACAGUAGUUAUUUACCACAAUUACACUGCCUAACAGACAGAUCACUGUAAAGAGAAAUUAAAGACAAGCUAAUUUGUAGUUACAAGUGGAAACAAGCUGCCUUCUGCUUACACUUGGCAUUUUUAAAGUUACGAUUGAAACAAAUAUACUGCACAUUUACGGCCUCAAAAUUCAGCUAAAAGCAUGCUGAAUUACACAGCUUUAAAUACAGCUUCUUGAACAAUGCGGAUGCUGCCAUUAGAAGGGACAAUGAAAAACAGAAAGCUAUUCAAAAGAAUCCCUUAACUACAUUACCAAAAAAACCCAAACAUUCACGGUGAUUUAAAUUAAUGCUAUAUAUUCUUUGCACUGCAACUUCUUGCUCUUCACAAACAUAGAAUAGAUUUACCUGUUUUGAAUCAUAUUCCCUUUUUUAUACUUUGGAAUAAUUCUGGAGCUACAGAGUUGCCCACAAUAAGGAGAAAUGCUUAGAAUAAGGCAGGGAAUCACACCCUCGCCCUCUACACACACACAGAGCACACACCACCACUACACUAAAAUUGCAUGCACAUGCACGCACCUCCAAGCCCCCUGCCUUUUGGAAGAAGAGGAGGAUGCUUCUGUGCAAGAAGUUUUGGACCUAACUUGACAGGCCACCGCUGUAAGAUGGCAACAUACUCAAAAUUAUACUGAAACCAAAAAGAUAGCCAGAGAUAGAGGCUGGCUAUCUUGUCAGUAGAUGCAAAGGGUCUCCUCCCAACUAAUCAACAAAAUAAUUAACCUCAAAAUUUCACAUCAAUUUAUCACAGCAAACAUUCACAUGAAUGACGCACUUUUCAUAGGGCUUUACAGGCUUUGGUACAAUAACCUGUGCAUGGUCCACAAGGCAGAUCAAUAUUACUACUCCCAACUGUCUGGUGGUGCAAGCUGAGGCACAGGCACAUUAAGUGACUUGCCGAGGGGAUACAGGGAGUCAAACACAUCCUCUCUUGGGAUGGACUCAAACAGGCCUUUUGUUUUUAAAUAAUACCGUAACACAAACCUUGACACACUGAUGACUAAACAGCCCCUAUUUCUUCCUUAAGCCUAGCAAGAUAAUGUCCGCUAUAGAAACGAACAGAAUUCCCCUAAGAAAUGCUUCACAAUCAUGGAGGUGGUGUGUGAUGGUGGAGCCACAACAGCUGUCACAAGGGCACUGCAUUGAGGAGUCUCCCAGUGCUGAAGGGGAGGCGAGCACUGCCAGGAAGCUGCUGCUGGAAGCCAUUAUCUGCACACACAUGCAGAGAGCAAUCAGAAUAGCUGCUGGCAGGGUUAGAAAGCUGUCAGCGAUGGGGGAAGAGGUGGGGGAAAAGCACCUUAUCUCUGUCACCACAGUGUUCCUGAAUUACCAGCGACAGGGGACAAACGAGGAGAUGAUUAGAA